ACCGCCGCAUAUUUAAAUAGAGCCGCAGGUGAACAUGAGAAAUAACUCAGCUUUAUUUCUUUGAGUAUUUCUUUGAGUCAAAGACAGAGACACAAACACCAGAGAGCAGCCAUGGUUCAAUGGUCGGAUGCCGAGAGGAAAAUUAUUAUCGAUACCUUUGGUAGCCUGAACUUCAAGGAAUUUGGUGGCAAGGCUCUGGCCAGGUGCCUGAUCGUUUACCCCUGGACCCAGAGGUAUUUUGGCUCCUUCGGUUCCUUAAGCAGCCCCAAAGCCAUCAGGCAGAAUGGAAGUGUGCAGAACCACGGGGAGACAGUGAUGAAAGGUCUGGAUAAGGCUGUAAAUGACUUGGACAACAUCAAGGGCGUUCUCUCCGAGCUGAGCAAACUGCACUCCGAGAGACUGCACGUGGAUCCUGACAACUUCAAGCUCCUGGCUGACUGCAUCACCAUCGUCCUCGCUGCCCAAAAGGGUAACGCCUUCACUCCUGAGAUUCAGGCAAUCAUUCAGAAGUUCCUGGCUGUUGUGGUGGCAGCUCUGGGAAAACAGUACUACUGAGAACCUUAGCCCACUGGACUCCAGCAGCAGGAGGAUGAUCCCAGAGUGAUUCAUCGCCUUGUCAGAGAAAUAAAAUUAUUCUCAAAGCAAAAA